AAUUUGUUUUAUUUUAUUUUUCUUUGUAAAUGGCUUCUCUACUAUUAGAACCAUCACCACAUUCAACAACAAAACCAUUAUUCUUUUCUUCAAAAUUUCAUUACAAUGUUUCCAAAUUCUAUGCUUUCCCUUCUAAAUCCAACGUUUUUCUCACCCUUAGUUCCACCCCUAAUACUAUCACUCAUUAUUCUCCUUCUCCAAUUCAAGAACCUGACCCGAUUAUGGAAUUGGGUCUUGACCCGACCCGUGAUAGGAGAAGAAUUGUAAGGGUUGCGUGGGAGAAACUUGUUCGUUGGUCCAGGUCUUGGCGGUCUAAGUCCAACACUGAUGUACUACAACGCACCAACAAGGUGGUAGUGCUUGGAGGAGGAUCAUUUGGUACAGCAAUGGCUGCGCAUGUUGCCAAUAGAAAGGAUCAGUUAGAAGUUGUGAUGCUUAUUCGAGAUCCUCAAGUUUGCUCGUCUAUCAAUGAGAGGCACAGGAAUUGUAACUACUUCCCAGAUCACUUGCUGCCAGAAAAUGUAAUCGCAACAACUGAUGCAAAAUCUGCUUUGCGUGAUGCGGAUUACUGCUUGCAUGCAGUUCCUGUUCAGUUCAGCGCAGCGUUUCUUGAUGGUGUUGCUGAUUAUGUUGAUCCAGGCUUGCCAUUCAUAUCUCUCAGUAAAGGCCUGGAGCUUAAUACACUGAGGACGAUGGCUCAAAUUAUUCCACAAGCACUACGAAAUCCUCGCCAGCCUUUUGUUGCUUUGUCGGGGCCUUCUUUUGCUCUGGAAUUAAUGAAUAAGCUACCAACAGCAAUGGUUGUGGCAUCGAAAGACAAGAAAUUGGCAAAUGCAGUUCAGCAGCUACUAGCUUCAAAUCAUUUAAGAAUCAGCACAUCAAGUGACGUUACAGGAGUUGAAAUAGCAGGUGCUCUCAAGAAUGUGCUAGCAAUAGCUGCUGGGAUUGUAGAAGGUAUGAAUCUUGGUAACAACUCAAUGGCUGCUCUUGUCUCGCAGGGAUGUUCCGAAAUACGGUGGCUUGCAACAAAGAUGGGUGCAAAGGCAACUACAAUAACUGGUCUGUCAGGAACCGGAGACAUAAUGCUUACAUGUUUUGUCAACCUUUCGAGAAAUAGGACCGUUGGUGUGCGUCUUGGAUCAGGCGAGAAGCUUGAGGACAUACUUAAUUCCAUGAAUCAGGUAGCAGAAGGCGUCUCAACGGCUGGAGCUGUGAUUGCUUUGGCGCAGAAAUAUAAUGUAAAGAUGCCAGUAUUGACAGCAGUCGCUCGAAUUAUUGACAACGAACUUACUCCUAAGAAAGCUGUUUAUGAGUUAAUGAGCCUCCCUCAGGUUGAAGAAGUAUGAAACCUCCCAACUUUUUAACUGCUGAUUGAAAGGCAUUCAUUUAGUCAAUUCUUUUUCACCAUUGUGCCUCUAAUCCUGUGAAGGCUUGGUGAUAACAAUUUUGCACAAUUUAAGCAGCACCAUACAAGAAUUUGA